AUGUCGGUCAUAGCAAACGCUGCUCUCAAGGCGCGUAUCCACAGGCCGUCUAUGCUAAAGAUGCUUCGGCGGCCUGAAGAAUUGCUACAUCAUUUUCCCAAUGGCGCCUACAUUGGCUGGUCGGGGUUUACUGGCGUGGGCUAUCCCAAGAAAAUGCCUACGGUCUUAGCCGACAUGGUAGAGAAGGAAGGCCUUCAAGGCAAAAUGCGCUAUACACUCUUUGUCGGUGCCUCGUCGGGGGCUGAGACGGAAAACCGAUGGGCUGCCUUAGAUAUGAUUGAGAGACGCAGUCCGCACCAAGUCGGCAAGGCAAUUGCAAAGGGUAUUAACGAGGGGAGGAUUAAAUUCUUUGAUAAGCAUUUGUCCAUGUUUCCAGUCGAUUUAGUAUACGGAUUUUACACAAAAGACCGACCGUCCAAUAAACUAGACGUGGUGGUGGUUGAGGCAACAGAAAUAAAGGAGGAUGGAAACAUAGUUCCCGGCGCCUCAGUUGGCGCGACGCCGGAACUUAUCCAACUUGCCGACAAGAUCAUUAUCGAGGUUAACACGGCGAUCCCGAGUUUCGAUGGGCUUCACGAUAUCACAAUGACCGACCUACCCCCUAAACGAAAACCUUACCUGAUUAUGGGCGUCGAAGACCGCAUCGGAAGCACCUCGAUCCCCAUCGAUCCCGAAAAGGUCGUCGGCGUGAUCGAGUCCAACUACCCGGACCAGACGACGGACAACACCCCCGCAGACGAAUCGUCGCGCUCGAUCGCGAACCACCUGAUCGAGUUCUUCGAGCACGAGGUGGCGCACGGGCGCAUGCCCAAGUCGCUGCUGCCGCUGCAGUCGGGGAUCGGCAACAUCGCGAACGCGGUGAUCGGCGGGCUCAGCGAGUCCAACUUCUGGAACCUGAAGGUGUGGACGGAGGUGAUCCAGGACACGUUUUUGGACCUGUUCGACUCGGGGCGGCUGGACUUCGCGACGGCGACGUCGGUGCGCUUCUCGCCCGACGGCUUCCGCCGCUUCUACGACAACUGGGAGUCCUACCACAACAAGCUGCUGCUGCGCUCGCAGCAGGUGUCCAACUCGCCCGAGAUCAUCCGCCGGCUGGGGGUGAUCGGCAUGAACACGCCCGUCGAGGUCGACAUCUACGCGCACGCCAACAGCACGAACGUCAUGGGCAGCCGCAUGCUCAACGGGCUCGGCGGGUCGGCGGACUUCCUGCGCUCGGCCAAGUACAGCAUCAUGCACACGCCGUCGACGCGCCCCUCGAAGACGGACCCGCUCGGCGUCAGCUGCAUCGUGCCCAUGUGCACGCACGUCGACCAGACGGAGCACGACCUCGACGUCGUGGUGACGGAGGCCGGGCUCGCCGACGUGCGGGGCCUGAGCCCGCGCGAGCGCGCCCGCGUGAUUAUCGAUAAGUGCGCCCACGACGAGUACCGCCCCAUCCUCAGGGACUACUUCGAGAAGGCCGAGUUCGAGUGCCUCAAGAAGGGCUGGGGCCACGAGCCCCACUUGCUGUUUAACAGCUUCGAUAUGCACAAGGCGCUGCUGGAGGAGGGCAGCAUGCGUAAGAUUAAGAAGUGGUGA